CAAGACCAUGCAACUCAUGCAACCCACGCAAUGUGCCCAUGGCCUGCGACCGUGCUCAGUUUGGCGAGGCGGGCCAGGGCCACCCUUUUGAGCUCCGCAAGCCCUUGGCCAAGCCCACCGCUCGCCGCUGUGCCACGUGCGGCGCGGAUGUGCUCGCGCAUGCGCGAGGAGAAGUUGAUGAUGCAUCUUUCAUGUCCAUUCUCAACGUCACCGACGACCAAACGCCCAGUGUGGUGAUUGCAGGAGAACUGGCGCUGGGCUCCUUCAACGCGGCGCUCCGACUGGCCCAGGAAGACCCCGCUGUUGUGGUGGUGAACUGCGCGGGGACGAAACUCCAUGACUUCCUCCCGCAGACCAGGACGGUCAUGGAAGGCUUUCGUGCCACCCAGCGACUGCUGGACCUGGAGUGGGAGGAGAAAAAGGACUCUGCAGGAAGCGCUGCAUCAUCCACUCCACCUUCUUUCUGGACAGUGCUGAGUGGGCGGAGCGCCAGUUGGACGGUGGGGUUGAGGAGGCUUCUGCCUUGGAGACACUCUUGGAUGCUUUGCGCUGGGCCAAAGAGCAGCAACAACAGGGCAAGAUGGUGAUGGUGAACUGCGCUCAGGGGCGCUCGCGCUCAGCCACCUUUGCCAUCGCAUUGGUCAUGGCCACACGGAAUCUGGAGGUGGAGGAGGCUUAUGCCCUGGUGAAGGAGGCCCGGCCCUUCAUCAGGCCCAACGACGGCUUCUUGAAGCAGCUCCACCGCUGGCAAGCCAAACUGAAAGGCCUCUUCCCUGCGGAGUGACCAACACCCUGGCGGUCGUAGCUGCGACGUGGCGCACGCGGCCGAAGCUGCGCGGCAACGGCGUGGCGACAUGGAGGCAUCCCAGAUGCACCUUGGAGCCUCUUCGCGCUGGACGGCUCCGGUGCCUCGCGCGGUCUCCAGUCCGGUCGUCUCCGCAAAUGAAGGGAGGAUGAGGAUCAGGGGCUGCGCGGCAGCGGCGGUGUCCGGCUAGAUGGCCCCGGGCGCUCGGCGAGCCCCCGGGGAGCCCGCUACACCGAAGCUGAGCUUGAGCUACGGUGGGGGGCGACCCCGUCGCGCCAGCGUCAGCUAACAUAUUGUGCCGGGUCAGCUUAUUUCUGAG